AUUUUUUUGUGUAAUUGACUUUUUUUGUAUUUUUUGUUGGAAAGAUUACAAAAAAACUUUUUUAAAUGGCCGAAGAAGAACAAACUGUGGAAAUAGAAGCCACAGAGGAGGAAAAACCUGCGGAAACUCAAGAAAAUCGAGAAGAAAAGGUUGAACCACCGCCUCCAACAGCACCAGCAGAAGUGGAAGAGCAAAAACCACCUGUUGUAGAGGAGGCAAUAACCGAAAAAGAAGACGUGAAAACUGAGGAUAAUCAGGAAGAAAAUGUUGAAGCAACGCUACCAACAGCACCAGCAGAAGUGGAAGAGCAAAAACCACCUGUUGUAGAGGAGGCAAUAACCGAAAAAGAAGACGUGAAAACUGAGGAUAAUCGGGAAGAAAAUGUUGAAGCCCCGCCACCAACAGCACCAGCAGAAGUAGAAGAGCAAAAACCACCUGUUGAAGAGGAGCCCAAACCCGAAAAAGAAGACGUGAAAACUGCGUCUGAGAUUGAGGAACAACCAAAAGAUGUAAAGAAGGAGUCGGUUGAUAGAGGAAAAGAAGAAAUAAUAGAAGAAAUUAAGCAAAUAGAUAAAGAAGAAGAUGUAACUGAAGUGAAAAAGGACUUUGUUAAAACAGAAGAUUAUGAAGAGGAAGAGGAAGGUCAAGAAGAUGAUAAUGAUGACGAGAUUUCUUUAUAUGCACAAGAUCUUGAAGGUAUUGUUGGAGAAGACGUCUUCUCCUAUGAUUUGCCAGAAAAACAAUCAUUGAGGGCGUCUAUUAAUAGUGCUUUUAUGAGAACAAGUUUAGAUAAUACCCAAUUUGAAAUGAAUGAUCCUGAUUAUUUUAAUUUUGAUGAUCAUAUUGAUGCCGACUUGGCUGAAAUGGAGCAAAAGGAAGAGGAAAUGGAAGAGCGGAAAGUCGUGAAGAGGGUGGACGAAGAAACAAUAGAUAAGCAGCUGUACAUAAAAUUAUAUGUUGAAGUUAAAAGAAAAACGAGACUUGAACAGCAGAAAAACACGUUUCUUGAAAGGAGAGUGGUGGAUUUUAUGAGAAGACGAAAGUUGGAACAAGGCCUGCGUGAUUCCGACGCCGAAGAGGACAGCGAUUUCAUAAAACGAUACAAGAUGCAACUUACGGCUUUCGAAACUCAACAGGAAGUGCAAGAGAACCACCUGGACAUCCUGAAGGCCGAAAUAGAGAGCGCACAAUCGGUGAGAAAUUUUAACGUGGACACGAAAGAAAACCUCUUCCACGAGCUGCAAGCGCGCGAGAAAGAAAUCGGCAUGGGUUUGAUUUAUUCGAAAACCGGAAAACCGAUUUCGGACAAUUACGUCGCGACGUUGAUUGAGAGGCAGAACAAACAGCACUCUCAAAUAUCCGAUAUGAGACUGACGUUCAUAAAACUUCGCAUAAAAGUUCAAGAGGUCGAAGACAAACUGCUCAAGCUCGAAAAAAUCGAUUCUCACUUGACUUUGAUGGAUUUUGAGCAGCUCAAGCUGAAGUUCCGCUCGUACGUGGAAAAACUGGAAGAGAGGGAUGACGAGUUGAACCGUUUGAGAAUGUUAUGCCAGAACUCGAUCCAAAUUAUGGCUCACUACAAGGAAAAGUCGAGCGGUAUGGACACUGAUUUAUUGGAUUUGGCCGACGAUUUGGCCGAUAUGGAAUUGGCGUUAAAUCAGGUAUCAAAAACCACACCCGGCACCGGACCUCAUCAGUGCCGGGUAGACAUCUGGUGUUUGUUACAGUGCUGUAAACGUUGCACACAUGUUCGAUUUUUUCUGUUUUAAAUUUUAGAGCAGGGACGAAUUGAACACUCUCAAGCAAGAAAGAGAUAAGUACCGGCAAAUGACCAAUACUAUAAAAGAAGAAUCUGGACUUUUAACAAUACCAGAAUUAUUAUAUGAUAUGGAAGAUACUCACGAUGAAUUAAAAGAGGCUUCUGAACGCCUCGAAAAGGUGGAAAAGGAAAACAUAAUAAAGAAAGAGCAGGUGAGAAAUAUAAGGAAGAAUAUUGAAAUUCAGACAGAAUUAAAGAGACACACGCUACAAGAGAAAAAAGUUCACGUUCACGUAAUUCCUAAAAAACGCCCUGUUUUACCAGCUGAGGCUUUUCAUGAUUUAAAACAACUACCAAAACCUAAUCAAUGCUUAAGACAAAAUAAAAAAUAAAAAUAUUUGAA